AUGUCUGAUAUGGGGGAGGGACCUGAUUAUCUACAAGAACUUGUUAACGAAUAUCAAGAUACAAAAGAUCAAGAUGCUUUGACUGAAAAUGAUGAGAAAUUAAAAGAGUUUGGUAUUGGAGGAUUAUGUAAUUUAUGUUUAGGAAUACCAUUGAUAAUAGAUUGUCUAAACAGUAAUAAUGAGGAUAUUUUAACAGCUGCAAUAACGAUUCUAAUAUUUUUAUUGACACCACCAACACUUGAAAUUGCAAAAACAUCAAUCUUAACUCGAUCUGUUAAGAAAAAAAUCGAAGAAUUAUCAAAAUCAGAGAAUAAUAUUAGUAGUAGUAAUAAUAAUGGCGGCAUUUCUAGUAGCAAUAGCAUUAAGAAUUUAUCAAUAAUAUUUUUAAAUGAUUACUUUAAUAAAGAUCUUGUGAAUUUAGACAAAUAA